UCAAAUCUCUUUGCCGCCUUAGAGGUCCUGCUUUUGUUGAUUCAGCUGCUGAACAAGUGAGCGAGAUUUUAGCUGAACUUUCUGUUGUGGGCGAGGAUAAAGAAGUCACAUUUGGUGAACUAUUUCAAGGGAAGUGCUUGAAAGCUCUCAUCAUAGGAGGAGGUCUAGUCUUGUUUCAACAGAUAACUGGGCAACCAAGUGUGCUUUAUUAUGCACCUUCUAUACUGCAGACCGCUGGAUUUUCUGCCGCAGGUGACGCAACAAGGGUCUCAAUUCUGCUUGGUCUAUUGAAGUUGAUUAUGACAGGAGUAGCUGUUGUAGUUAUUGACAGACUUGGAAGGAGACCAUUACUUCUUGGUGGUGUUGGCGGCAUGGUUGUCUCAUUAUUCCUGCUGGGGUCAUACUACCUCUUUUUCAGCGCCUCGCCAGUUGUUGCUGUUGUUGCACUGUUGCUUUAUGUGGGCUGUUACCAGCUAUCCUUUGGUCCAAUUGGUUGGCUGAUGAUCUCGGAGAUAUUUCCCCUUAAGUUAAGAGGUCGAGGUCUUAGUCUAGCAGUGCUUGUGAAUUUCGGUGCAAACGCACUUGUGACAUUUGCUUUUUCACCCCUAAAGGAACUGUUGGGAGCUGGGAUACUGUUCUGUGCGUUUGGUGUGAUAUGUGUGUUGUCUCUAUUCUUCAUAUUCUUCAUUGUGCCAGAGACAAAAGGUCUCAGUCUUGAGGAAAUUGAAGCCAAAUGUCUCUAAAAAGAAUCAUCAGUGCAUGCAGGUUUCAGAGAUAAAAACAUACGUCUCCAAGUGUAGUGAAUCACAAAUCUGCCGCACAAGAUACACAGCAUUAGGUUUUUGAAGCAGUGGUUACUUCAGACUUCAGAGGCUCUAUCUAGUGCUCGAGCAAAAUUCACAUGUACGAAAAGGAAAAGUUAAUAUAUUCAAAUAUAUUUGUAGUAAUUGUAAAAGAUAAAAAAGGAAAAACAUCAUAACAGAUAAAUAAAAUUUGUAAAAUGAUUCCCAGAGGAGCGUCUUGUAUGUUCGACCUGCAUGUCCCACUCAGUUAUGCUCCUAAGGUUCUCUUAA